UAAGAAAAUAAGCUCACUUUUGUCCGAAGAAGAGAAGUUUUCAUUGAUGAAUAUCAAGGUGGGAAAUGCCUUCAGUGCCGGCACCGCUGGGGAGCACUCAACUCCAGGGCAGGAUGCGGGUGAACAGACAGAAAAUGAUGCCCUGGGUUCUGCUGAUGACCUGGAAGUGCAGCAUGACUCUGAGGUAGUUUCACUGAUGGCUAAACGAGAAGCGGACUGUCCUUUUGAAGGAGUACAUGAAGCGAGUGACACACACACGUGCUACACUGACACGCCAGGGACGGACGACUCCUCGCGGCAGAAGAGGCGCCGAUCUGAGCACGGCUGCACCAAGCCGCGGCGGGCAAGGACAGCCUUCACGUAUGAACAGCUGGUGGCGCUGGAGAACAAAUUCCGCGCCACAAGGUAUUUGUCGGUGUGUGAGCGUCUGAAUCUCGCCCUGUCGCUCAGUCUGACCGAAACACAGGUGAAGAUUUGGUUUCAGAACAGAAGAACUAAAUGGAAAAAACAAAAUCCAGGUGCUGAUGGUACAAUGCAUCCAGGAUCAAGCACACUGUCCAGAGUCAGUACAAGUCCUGGGCCAUGUGGGCUGAAUUCUGUGAAUUACCAGGCUUUUCAUACGUUCACUUCUGGAAACACAGUUCUCCAUCCCGCUACUUCUUUUCCAUUAAAUUCUAGCAGAGGCCUCCUGAAUCCCUUCAUGCACAGCGGUUAUCUUCAGCCGGCAUAUUACCCCCCACAUUUAUGA